AUGGAGCCUCCUGAGGUUAAGCUGGACCCGCUGUGGCAAGACCUCGAUUGGGCGAUUGGUGCUAUGUUCUAUAUGGGAUUUGAUGGGACUGAAGUAACACCACAGAUUCGGACUUUGAUCGAGGAUCACCACUUGGGUUCUAUCUUGUUGACCACUAAAAAUCUAACAUCUGCACAGCAAACUGCAACUCUUGUUAAAGAGCUCCAAACUAUCGCCCAUAAUUCCGGCCACCUAGCACCUCUGCUUAUUGCACUGGACCAGGAAAAUGGCGGCGUCAACAGUCUCUUUGAUGAAGACUAUAUCUGCCAGUUCCCCAGCGCCAUGGGCGUUGCGGCAACUGGAAGCACUGAAUUGGCAUAUGAGGUUGCCAAUGCUACAGGAAAAGAGCUGGCGGCAGUUGGUAUCAAUAUGAUAAUGGGCCCAGUACUUGAUGUGCUGACAAAUGCACGGUAUCAGCCUUUGGGUGUACGAGCAACAGGAGAUGACCCACAAGAGGUUUCUCAGUAUGGCAUCGCUGUGAUGAAUGGAUAUAAAGACGCGGGCAUUGUGACAUGUGGGAAGCAUUUUCCAUCGUACGGAAAUCUUGACUUCCUAGGAUCGUCAUUGGAUAUGCCUAUAAUUACCGAGACACUCGAACAGUUGAGUCUUGGGGCGUUGGUGCCAUUUCGGAAUGCCAUCAGAGAAGGAUUGGAUGCGAUGAUGGUCGGAGGCUGCGCAAUAGCAAAUGCUGGCAUGAACGUGAUGCAUGCUUGCUUGAGUGAUCAAGUCGUAGAUGAUUUGCUGCGGCAUGAUUUGGGAUUCAAUGGCGUAACGAUAUCAGAAUGUCUAGAAAUGGACGCCUUGAGCCAUGAUAUUGGCGUGAGAGGUGGAACUGUCAUGGCAGUCGAAGCAGGAUGUGAUCUCGUUUUGCUGUGUCGAUCAUUCGCAGUCCAGCAAGAAGCCAUUUCCGGCUUGAAACUUGGAAUUGAGAACGGGAUGAUAUCAAGAGAGAGAAUCAACCUAUCGCUAAAGCGGAUACUGCACUUAAAAUCAAAGUGUACCUCCUGGCACAAAGCUUUGAAUCCACCCGGAAUCAAUCUGUUAGCUACCCUGCACCCAGCUCACGUUUCACUGUCGACAAGAGCAUACGAUAAAUCAAUCACUAUCAUGAGAGAUAAAGGCCACCUUUUGCCGCUGUCGAACACCUUAUAUCCCGAGGAAGAACUUCUACUCCUCACGCCGCUUAUCAAACCUCUACCCAACUCCGCGGCCACAAAAGCAGCCGCAGAGAGUCAGGGUGGGUCAAACGAACAUGAUAAACGGACGCAGAGAUCUUCGAUCAUGAGUGGCGAAGGUGUAUUUCGGGAGUUUGGUAGAUCCCUGGCUAGACAGAGACAUGGGAAACUACUCCAUACUUCAUACACAGCGAAUGGCGUCCGUCCAGUGCAUGAGAAUCUAAUCAACCGAGCGGCUGCUAUUAUUAUAGUAACUGCAGAUGCAAAUCGAAAUCUAUAUCAAAAUGGUUUCACCAAGCAUGUAGCAAUGAUGUGCUCAAUGCUGAGCGCCGGUGGAAAGAAAAAAUCUUUGAUUGUGGUAUCAGUCAGUUCUCCCUACGAUUUUGCAAUGGACAAGGCGAUAGGCACCUACGUCUGCACAUUUGAUUUUACAGAGACGGCAAUGUCGGCUUUAGUUAGGGCGCUCUUUGGCGAAUUUGUCCCCCAAGGUACCCUUCCGGGAACGUUGCGUAAGAGUAGGAAGGUGCAAAAGUCUAGGCAACAUUGGCUAGUGGAGGGCUGGAAUAGAGACCGUGAUCAUAGGGGUCUGCAGGCUCUUGUAAAAACCAUCGAGAAAAUAACACCACCAAACCAACUGUGCCCUUUAUUAGGGGCUACCGCUGCUUCUUUUGAGCUAUCGAUGACUACAGAAUCAGGGGAACAUAUCGAAGAAUCGCAUUAUGUAGUCCGAAAUAGCAGUACACAAGCUCUUUUCGGCUUCUGCUCCACAUACUUCUACGGAGGGAUUGGCAUGAUAGGGGCAUUAUUCGUCGACCCUGCAAAACGAAACCUCUCCAUCGGGCACUCGCUACACCAACGCGCGAUGCGCGGUCUCCUCCAAAAACCAGGUAUCAAGAAACUACAACUCGGCCUCGGCCUCCCAGGAAUCUACCUAGGAAUUCCCAUGAGCGACCUCUCGGAAGGCGCGCGAUUGAAACGCUGGUUUGCAAACAACGGAUGGGAUAUUCUAUCUCCCCGUCUCCUUUAUACUUUAACUAUUAGAAAUCUGUCAAACUGGCAACCACCCGAGGGACUCCUACAAUCAGUUCAACGUGUCUCUUUUGGCUUCGACCUCAUCCAUGGCAGCGAGAAUUCUGAGACAGUGCUCGACCAUGUACGAUCCAAUGCCGGUCCUGACGUACUUGAGCUAUAUCGACUCGCCCUUGAUGACUCCAAAAGUUGCGGUAUUGUACGUGCAAAAUCACCAGUCGAUGGCGCAUUGGUAGGCACGGUUAUCAUUUGCAGACCAGGAACGCCCCUUGCAACAUACCUACCAGUUCUCCAUGCGGCUGGGGAUAUGGUUGGAGGCAUUCUAGCGCCCGUCGUUCCAAACAGCCCACAGGCGGCAAUCGUGCUUCAGGGUCUUGCCUUGCUGGGCAUCAAGCAAAAUAAAGCGCAUAGGGCGACAACCUGUGUCUUGAAUUGGGUUCAGGGUGAUGAGAGGGAUACGUUGUUGGGUAUGGGAUUUGACGUUCUUGAUGCAUUCGAGGAGUUGAGCUGCAAGCCGGAAAGUUUCAAUCAAUCUAGUCACGGAUGA